CUCCAGCAUCUUGAUUGAGUCAAUAUAUGUUGUUUGCUUGUUGGUAUUGUUUCUGUUCUUGAAUUACCAACAAAACCCACAAAAUAUUGAAUUUACAAAACCAGCAAAACAGACCCAAAAUUAUUUGCAGCCCAGAAAUAGGAUUGAGUGUAUAGAAGUGCUCAAUUGGGUGUGAUAGAAUAGAAGGGUUGGAAAAAAAUGAGAGAGGAUGACUCGAAUUGGUUUUCAAAGUGGGAAGAAGAACUUCCAUCCCCUGAAGAGCUCAUGCCCUUAUCCCAGACCCUUAUAACCCCUGAUCUAGCUAUGGCCUUUGAUAUCCGAAACUCAAAUAGCCAGCAAACUCACCAACACCAACAACCACCACCACCACCACCUCCUCCUCCACUAGUUCAAACCACCCCUUCCUCCCAACCCCAUAACAACAACUCCGUGGAAUUCGAUUCCGGCGAGUUGGGAGGAGGCGGGGCUGCUUCAGGGGACGAACCUGCUCGUACCCUGAAGCGGCCUCGACUCGUGUGGACGCCACAGCUACACAAAAGAUUUGUGGACGCUGUGGCUCACUUGGGGAUCAAGAAUGCUGUCCCCAAGACCAUAAUGCAGCUCAUGAGUGUUGAUGGGUUGACUCGAGAAAAUGUUGCGAGUCAUUUGCAGAAGUAUCGUCUCUAUUUGAAGCGAAUGCAGGGACUUUCCAGUAAUGGUGGUGGUGGUGGUGGUGGAGGAAUACCUGCGGCAGUUGACCCUGCUACAGAUCAUUUGUUUGCAAGUUCGCCAGUGCCAGCGCAUUUUGUGAAUCUGGGUAGGCCUACUUCGGACCAUUUCUUACCGUUUGUGCCGGUGGCGGCGCUGCAGCAACAUCACCACCACCACCACCAGCAGAUGGCGGCUGUUGCCGGGCAUCCACAGUUUCACCCGCAGUAUAGGCCGAUGGGGCAUUUUGGUUCACCGCCAAAUGGACAGUUUGAGCUUCCAUUUCUUUCCAGGCAGUCACAGCAGCCAGUUCAUAGGGUGGGGACUCCAGUGCAUAACCCAGUACCAUCAUAUAUAGAGGAUUUGGAGUCGGCCACAGCAGCGAGUGGAAGGAAAAAGGGUUGGAAAAAAAUGAGAGAGGAUGACUCGAAUUGGUUUUCAAAGUGGGAAGAAGAACUUCCAUCCCCUGAAGAGCUCAUGCCCUUAUCCCAGACCCUUAUAACCCCUGAUCUAGCUAUGGCCUUUGAUAUCCGAAACUCAAAUAGCCAGCAAACUCACCAACACCAACAACCACCACCACCACCACCUCCUCCUCCACUAGUUCAAACCACCCCUUCCUCCCAACCCCAUAACAACAACUCCGUGGAAUUCGAUUCCGGCGAGUUGGGAGGAGGCGGGGCUGCUUCAGGGGACGAACCUGCUCGUACCCUGAAGCGGCCUCGACUCGUGUGGACGCCACAGCUACACAAAAGAUUUGUGGACGCUGUGGCUCACUUGGGGAUCAAGAAUGCUGUCCCCAAGACCAUAAUGCAGCUCAUGAGUGUUGAUGGGUUGACUCGAGAAAAUGUUGCGAGUCAUUUGCAGAAGUAUCGUCUCUAUUUGAAGCGAAUGCAGGGACUUUCCAGUAAUGGUGGUGGUGGUGGUGGUGGAGGAAUACCUGCGGCAGUUGACCCUGCUACAGAUCAUUUGUUUGCAAGUUCGCCAGUGCCAGCGCAUUUUGUGAAUCUGGGUAGGCCUACUUCGGACCAUUUCUUACCGUUUGUGCCGGUGGCGGCGCUGCAGCAACAUCACCACCACCACCACCAGCAGAUGGCGGCUGUUGCCGGGCAUCCACAGUUUCACCCGCAGUAUAGGCCGAUGGGGCAUUUUGGUUCACCGCCAAAUGGACAGUUUGAGCUUCCAUUUCUUUCCAGGCAGUCACAGCAGCCAGUUCAUAGGGUGGGGACUCCAGUGCAUAACCCAGUACCAUCAUAUAUAGAGGAUUUGGAGUCGGCCACAGCAGCGAGUGGAAGGAAAGUUCUUACUCUAUUUCCCACAGGGGAUGAUUGAAUUGAGGGUAAUUGUUUCCUUUUCCUGUUAAUUCAGAUUGUGGGUCAUGUGAAAUGUGUGUGGAUUUAGCACUUUAGAGUUUGGUCGAGAGUUUUCUUGUUAUUCUGGUUGUCUUUUGGUUGUUCUUAGUACUCUGGGUUGAGUCAUUGGUAUUGAGUCUUCGUGAACUUGCAGAUUUCCUGUUUAAAAUUCUGGUGUUGGGGUUGGAACUCGGCUAUGUAUGUCCUAAUGUUAGAGAAUCAGUGGGUUGUGUCAAUUCUGCUGUCUUGUACCUUGAAUAGAAACAAGUACAAGUAAGAUGUGAGAAGCAGUCUUUUCCCCCCUUCUUGGCCUCUGGUGGCGGAUAUUAAUCGUGAUGUCACACUUGGCCACAAUAAUUGUGUGAAGGUCAUUAAUAGUUGCAGUCACAAGGUGUGUGAUCUUGGACAAUAUGGUUUUCUCAGAGAUUGUUGUAGUCCAUGGUAGCUUGAGAUGGCUGAUUUUCUUCUACUCGUCAGGAUGACUUGUUAUUGGUGAAGAUGUUGGUGGCCAAAGCAACGAAUUACUAAGUCGUGAGCUUUCAUAUAAGGGUCAAUAAUGCAUGGAGGUACUAUUUAUGUUCAUCAGAAAUCUGAGAAUCGCAUUAGUUUCCAUGGAAGGAAAUCUUGGUAUUGGAUUUCUUAGCAAAUUCCAGGAUUCUACUGUGUAGGAACUAAGUUCUCUUGUUUCUUAGUUUAGAACUAUGAAGAGGUACUGCUUGUUGUAAAUUGUGUGGUUUUAUAGAGGAUUUAGUGUCCCUGAUAUUUUUGGGGAUCUUUCUGAAAACAAUUCUGAUGUGAUGAGGAGGUCCGUUCUACCAUAAUGCUUUAUGAACAUUGAUGAAUGGUUGCUACAUUUCCUGAAAUUACUUACUUGUCCAGUGUUCCUUUGGCAGAGUGUUCC